ACUUUGUAAUAUUUCUUGGGCCUCAGCAGAUUUUAUUUCGUCGUUUUCUCCCGAGUGAUAGCAGCAUAUUGUUCGUGUUACGAGUAUUUCUAGCGUUGGUGCGAUCGUUGAAGUUAUGUCAUCGGCUAUCAAGCCACUUUUUAAGGUUCCAGGGCCUUUACGGCCGAAAACUUCGCUCGUAACGAACGACUACGAUCUUUCACAGAAAGUCCUAGGGGUGGGAAUAAAUGGCAAAGUGUUAGAGUGUUUUGAAAAGAAAACAGGCGGAAAGUUCGCCUUGAAGGUUUUACAGGACAACGUUAAAGCUCGGAGGGAGGUGGAACUUCACUGGAAGGCUUCAGGCUGCCCAUAUAUUGUUGGUAUCAAAGAUGUUUAUCAGAACAAGUAUGCAAGGAGUGACUGUCUGCUGGUCAUUAUGGAAUGCAUGACUGGAGGGGAGCUUUUUGAAAGAAUUCAACAGAGAGGUGAUUCUCCCUUUACUGAAAGAGAGGCAGCUGCCAUCGUUCGUCAGAUUACUGUAGCCACAGCACAUCUUCAUUCACUGAAUAUUGCACACCGGGACUUGAAGCCGGAGAACUUGCUGUAUGCUGAUCAUUCUGAAAAUGCACUUCUGAAGUUGACUGAUUUUGGAUUUGCUAAGGAGACCACAGCUGGUUUGGAUCUCAAAACACCUUGCUACACUCCUUAUUAUGUUGCACCUGAAGUUUUGGGUCCAGAGAGUUAUGACAAGAUGUGCGACCUUUGGUCAUUAGGAGUCAUAAUGUAUAUUCUGUUGUGUGGUUUUCCACCUUUCUACAGUAACCAUGGAGCAGCCAUUUCUCCUGGGAUGCGCAAGAGAAUAAGACAAGGCCAGUAUGACUUUCCCAACCCUGAGUGGAGUAGAGUGUCUUUGCAAGCCAAAGAGUUGAUUAAAGGUCUGCUGAGAACAGACCCACAGAACAGGUUUACCGUGGAACAAGUGAUGAAUAAUCCUUGGAUCAAGGCCUACAGCGAGGUUCCUUCCACGCCACUUCACACCGCGACUGUGUUGAGAGAGGAAGAGGAAAACUGGCAGGAUGUGAAGGAUGAGAUGACUAACGCCUUAGCUUCUAUGAGAUUCGAGCCAGACAAGGUAGCCAGACUCAAAGAUGUCGGCAAAUCCAGCAACGCCUUGUUAAACCGAAGAAAAAAGUAGCUGUUAACAUAAGUGUAAUGUGAUACAGCAUGUAAAAAUCAAUCCCAGUCUGAGUUAAAAGAAAAGGCUCUUUGCACGUUUAUUUUCAUCACCCGCUAGAGAAACGUCUGAGAUUCUAGCAGAAAAGAUUCCAUUAAGUUGGCGUGGCUCUUUAGAGGUGGCGUUGUUGAUUGGCUGUUGCUAGGUUACGAAUUUCGCGUGCGAGUGAUAACCAAUCAUCAGAGACAACACGUCAAAGCAAUCUUGGCUCGAAUCUCAGACUCUUUCGCGGGAGACGAAAAUACUUGAGCCCGGGGCCGUAACCAGAAAAAAAAGAACAUUGGCUGAGGCAAUGUCUAUGGUUAAAUUCUCUUUCUAAGUAUUUAGCAGUGUUUUACUUUCCCCCACCGAAAAAAAGUCAAGUGCCCCGAUUUGCUUCACACUGUCUACGGCCCUGGACCCCGCUUCGAACGACUUGGUUGUAUCAAGCUGAGUCAACUCAAAUAUGCUAGGUUUUACAAUUUGCGCAUUUUGGUAGUCUAGCAGAAUGUGUAAUAGGCGAAAUAUUUAUGAAGUUAGUAUUCAAUGGGCUUUAGUUUGUUAGUUAGUAGUGCAAUCAUUCUAUAUUCCUCCUGUAUUUUCUCUUCAAAACUAUUGUUUGGUUGGCAACCACAUCUCGGAACUGUCCGUGCUAACUGAAUAGGGUUUCUAAAACCUCAGUUAUGUCUUAAAGUUUCAGCCAUUUCUUAGGCGUAUUAAGAAAUGGUCUUUUGUUCCGGCUCAACAUCUCACAUCAAGCAAAAUUGAAUAGCCUUUUGUUCUUGGUAGCCCUGAGGGACUUCGUCCGAAGCCGAGGCAAAAUCGUCGCCGUUGUUCGGAACAUUUUCGGCACAACAAUGAAGCUGCUCUGGGGGGUGGGCAACUUAGGUUUUUUCUCUCGUAAAGUCAAUUCUCAUCGGUGUACCCCAAAGCAAAAUUGACCGCCGCUGUGCGCAUGGUGAUCACAAUUCAAAAACUAAUUAUCCUCAUGUGUCGCGUUCGGGCCAAAUCUCAUCUCGGCAGAUAGAGCAGAUUAUCUUCGGUGCAGAUAGAGCCGUUGUCAAUUGAGUGUCGUAAAACCAAACCCAAAGUAAUAACUCUGGCCAGCCACAAAGAACACAGACAAUCGAGUGAACCAAUCAAAACUCGUAGUAAAUACAAGUAGCUGACGCGAAGCGCGGGAAAACGUGAGUGUUUUACUUCUGAUUGGAUAAAAAAAGGGGCAAGAUUUUUUUUUAAGCCAAUCGUGUAGCGUGGUGAUGCAAAAGCAAUUACUUUUCGACACUCAAGGGAAAGCCUCUCAAUCAGAUCUCAACGAUCAGUUAAAAAAAAACGCGUUAUUUCUUAUCCGACCGCUAAAAUUUUCGACAAGUCUCAGCCAUCAGUUAAAACCAGACUUGUUAAAUCCCAUCAAGGCCUUCUUAAAACAAAAAUCAACGGGUCAGCAAUGCCUCUAAUUUUAUAUACGAUAGUGUUUUACUGUUUAUAACUGAUAAAAGAAGUCGGAAGUUGCAGAGAGGUAGUGGCCCACUGGUUUCUGAGGUUCAUCCGAGCCCACGGUCUUUGUUUUGUAGUCAGCGUUGUUGCCAUGCAACUGAGAGUAUCCUUGCUGACUUCAGCUUGAAGAACAAUUAUUGGAUAUUUUUUUACGGUAGUCCCUUUUUGGUGAAUGAUUAAAAAACUUUCUCAAUUUUCUGAUCUCGCCAAGUGAGUUUAAAUUGUAGAAUACCAGCCCCAAGAUCUGCAACGAGCCCAAUCUUCUCGCCUGUCGAUACCAUAUCAGUGAUUGUCAAGCGUCAAGGUGGUGAGAAAAAAAAAAGAUCCGCAACAAAGUAUAUGUGUUGAUGUAUUUCCAGUUUCUCAGAAAUAACCUUAAAGGAACGUAUCGCAAUUUGUAAUGAGAAUUGAAUUUGAUCACUGGAGAGAAAUGUGUGUUUUGCCCUCAGAAAUCUGAAUUUUUAUUGCGCCUUACAUAAAGGGCAGCAUCUACUAAAAUUACUGACUGGGAUGGGGGUGAGUAACUGAUUUUUAAAAUACUUGUAGUUGAAUAGAAGUAUGUGUCCUGUAACUUACAGAAUUGGCAAGAAUUUUGUGGUCUGCCUCUUGCCUUUCAAACGUAUCUCGAUGAGGUUGAGUUAGAUCUGAUUCAAUCUCGUUUCAAAUUUUCAAAUUUUAUCAUCAAUUUAUAAUCAAUAUCGUUGUUUAUAUGACCAACUGAUGUUACUCAAGAGCAAAUAACUUACUGAUAAGUUAAGCAGCACCUCAAUAAAAGUUUGCUUGACAAAGGCG